UAAGAUAAUGUAAUCAACUAAGUCAUGGGAACAGCUGCUAGGAUUAUAAUUGCACAUAGAAUAACUUAAGAGAGAUCUAAUUUAUUCUAGGACACCUUCACACACACUUAAUCGUUCGCUAAGAGAUUAGUGGCGAUUAAGGGGCCGUAAGCUCGCUCGUUUUGGCAAUCAUUUAGAUACCUAUCGCAUGAGAGAUCAGCCUGGUCCCUUAGAAUUAUUGUACUCUACGCCGCGAGAGCGGUAAGAACUUAGUAAUGAUUAGCUAGGUUCACUUAAAUUAAUUUCAUGUAACUAAGCUUGAUCCGCCAGAAAUCUGGUUACACCGGAAUCAAUCCUUGUUCCCUUCAUCAUUAAUUAGAGAGACCCCAUUAUUUUAUUCGUUCAUUCGCAUUAGUUUAAUUCUCAAACCAAUUAAUCUCGCACGACGCAUUUAUUUCAUUUAGUUUUAAUCGCUGAAUUUAAUUAAUUAUUGAUUCCUUUUUUCGUCCCUGUGGAGACGAUACUCGUACUUACACCCUAUACUACUAUCUAUUUUAAGUGCGAGAAAACUCACAUCAUUGAGAGUGCCGCUGACAGACAGGAAGGUCAGAUUUCCAGCUCUCAAGGAACUCAUGUCCUCGCUAUGGAGGCGGGGAAAGGAAUUUUGAUUAAAGAAGUUGGUGAAAAAGAUAAGCCUCUGAAAAAGGGUACCAAUCUGAAAAAAGAAGGAAAGAGUUAUUGGGUGGACUUCAAGUAUGAGAAGUUGCCCAAUUUCUGUUUUAUAUGCGGUUUAAUUGGGCAUUCAGAUAAAUUUUGCCCGUUAAAUUAUGAAGAAGAUAUAGUUCUGGAAAAAAAAAUUGGGAUUCAGCUUAGAGCAGGUAGCGGGGUGAAGACCAAUCCCACAGGAGGAAGGAAGUGGCUACUGGAGGGUUCAUCGAGCUCUGGCAGAGACCGCAGGUAUGUAAGGGACAUCAAGUCUGAUGGGAGGCAGGAUGGAGGGGGGAAAGAGUCUAUUUCAGAAUUAGCGCAGAGUAUAACUAAAGGCGUGAGAGCGGAAACGAAGGAGGAAAUAUUAGGGGAACAAAAGAGAAGAAGGAUUUGGGAAGCCCAGGGGAAGACAAGAUUGGAGAGGAUAUCAUGUCUCUGGAUGGGACAAAAAACGGGGAAGGUGCGGGCUUCAACGAGUAGAUCCGCCUAAGAAGAUUUGGGUGCUUGUGCAGUUCGGCAAGCUCGGACAGCAUAUCGAGUUUAUCUGCGUUAUUUUUUUAUGUUAUGACAAUUUAUUUGGAUAUGUUAUCGAGUUUCGUGGUCUGUUUUGCUUUUGUUUUUCCUGUUUGUAAGACGGUGAAUUUGAAUAUAGGUGAUGGAAUGAUAAAAUGAUUGAGGUAACCAUCUUUGGCUAUUUUGUGCUCAUUAAUGGAUCAACGAG